AUGGAACAUUCAGUCUUCAGGAUAACAUGCGUCUUGGUGGUUAUCUGUCUCUCUGAUAAAAGGGUAGACUCCAACGAGAUCUUGGGCCUGAAGCUCCCCAACAUCGACCCCAUCCUGAAUGCCAACACAGUGUGUCUCACUCUGCCGGGUUUGACGCGUCGCCAGCUGGAGGUGUGCAUGCGUAACCCGGAUGUGACAGCUUCAGCAAUCCAGGGAAUCCAGAUCGCCAUCCACGAGUGCCAGCACCAGUUCAGAGGGCACCGCUGGAACUGUUCCAGCCUGGAGACCAGGAACAAAAUACCCUACGACAGCAUAGUCUUCAAAAGAGGUUUCAGAGAGAGCGCCUUUGCAUAUGCCAUCGCAGCAGCGGGCGUGGUGCACGCGGUGGCCAACGCCUGCUCCAUGGGCAAACUGAAAGCGUGCAGCUGCGAUGAGAAGCGGCGUGGGGACGAGGAGGCCUUUCGCAUUAAACUGCACCGACUGCAGCUGGAGGCCAUCCACAGAGGGAAGGGGAUGGUACACGGCGUCAUGGAGCACUUCCCGGCUGAACUGCCGGGACCCCAAGACUCCUGGGAGUGGGGGGGCUGCAGCCCGGAUGUGGAAUUCGGUGAGAAGUUCUCGAGGGACUUCUUGGAUGCCCGUGAAACCUACAAGGACAUCCACGCCCGUAUGAGGCUACAUAAUAACAGAGUUGGGAGACAGGUGGUGCUGGACCACAUGAGAAGGAAAUGCAAGUGCCACGGGACGUCCGGGAGCUGCCAGCUGAAGACCUGUUGGCAGGUCACCCCAGAGUUCCGGGUGGUGGGCUCAAUCCUCAAAGAGCGCUUCCACAUUGCCACGCUUAUCAAAGCCCACAACCGAAACACCGGACAGCUCGACCACUCACACAACAACAACAACCACCACAACCAUCAUAACCACCACCAUCACCAUCAUCACCAUAAUCAAAACAACCACCACAGUCACCACCAUCAUUCACACCGACGGCGGCCAAGCAUCAACGAACUGGUCUACUUCGAAAAGUCACCAGAUUUCUGUGAGCGGGACCUGGGGUCGGAUUCAGCAGGCACACAGGGCCGGAUCUGCAACAAGACCAGCCAAGGCAUGGACAACUGUGAGAGCCUGUGCUGCGGGAGAGGCCACAACAUCCUGCAGCAGACACGGAGCGAACGCUGCAACUGCAAGUUUCACUGGUGCUGCUAUGUGGUGUGCGAAGAGUGCAGGAUAACAGAGUGGGUCAGCGUCUGUAAAUGAAGAAACACACACUAAAAAGACAAUACACGAUCCAGAAAAAAAGACGUUUUUAAAUAAACUUUUAAUUUGAAAGGGGAAUAUGACUGUAAUCCAUGUGCCCCAUACCUUUUUUUGCGGUGGACUGCUGUAUUCCAGGAGUGUGAAGCAGUUGAGCCAGCAGAAAGAUGGAAGUGCAUGGUCGUAAUGUGUAUGCACAUGCGGCAUAUGUCUAAAGCUGCCAUAAGUCAAAGAGCAUGGAUGUUUACUGCCCUCCUCUUGGAAAAAGGAACAUAGUUCUAUCAGAUGGAUGUCUGGGAGCUUCUAGUAGGAAAUCUUGGCUCUGAACAAAGCAAACUUCUGUUAUUUGGAAAACAUGUGCAGCGUGACAUACCGUUGCAUGACCUUCAGGUGAGCUAAGAGGAAGUAAAGAGUAAGGAGUAGAUUGCAUGCAGAAAGAAAAUAAUAUUGCUCCAUACUUAUAGUAAUAUAUAAACUGAAAAGACUGACGCCUCUCAUGAAACUUACAUUUGACAAUAGUCCCUCCUUCCACUUUAUGAUGUUGUCUGUCUUACGGCAUACACACAGUUAUGUUACACAGUACUUAACCCUAGCAAUAACUCUUGUCUACUACAUGCAAUGCAAAAAUUGACCUCUCCAUUCACCAGAUUCAUAAAGCACAGGACUAGACAGAGCAGAGCAAAUCUUGAGAUUGUAAGGAUGCAGUGCUUGUUUUAAUUGGAGUUCAUGUUCAUAGUAAUAAUGUAAAACCUAAAAAAAAAAAAAAAACAUAAAGGCAUUGUCCGGCAAAACUAAAACUCAACGCAGAUGCAUCAGAUGAUAAUACUAUGUCGUCUGCAUAAUGUGCAACUCUUCUAAGAUUGAUAACUCAAAGGAAAUAUAUCACACACUUUGAAUAAAAUGUAAAAUAUGCAUUGUGGGGUCCAAAAUCAAGUCCUAAGGCAGACAGGAAUAUUUAAGUUUAUUAUUAUAUAAUUAUAUAUAAUAUAAUAUUUAAGGCAAAAUGUUUUCAAAUAGAUGUCAGCAACUGGAAAGGAUAUAGCUUCACACUGAGAGACUGAAGCUGAAGUCAGUCAAAAGACUGAUCCAAAAGUCUGACUGCUGGUACUGCUUCCUGGGAGUUCCACAUCAGACCCUUAAAAACAGAAACCAUUUCCGACAUUACAAUAGAGUGUGUUGAAACAAAAUCCACGAUACGAUUAUGUGAACCCGUUUAAAUAUUGCUGUUUAAAGCCAAGUGUUUGUGCUUGUGCAGAUGCAUCGUGCCGAGUUAUCUUGUCAACCUGUGUUGUCUGUGAUAUGUGAUGUAAGAGGACUGUCAAAGUACAAUGCACAGUACCCCAUUAGUUAACGAGUACAUUUCAUCGUUGCCAUUAUCUGAACAGCAUUGUAAAUAAAAUCGAUUAAUGCUGCACAAAUGACAUUGAUACAUUUAAAAGUGCCACAGGAAGCUGAGUGCUCGUGAACAGGCUUCAUUUUCUCACCCUAUAAACAUCCUAAGCUGUUAUCAAUCAAAGUAUUUUGUGAUGCAAUGUACUGUGUGCAGCACUGUAAGCUUCUUGUGAUAUAUUGACAAACGUCUUCACACUCUUUAAACAUGUGCAAAUAGGGAUAUUCUGAUGUCAAGUAUAAAGUAUUUAAAUAACAAAACUAAGAUUGAUUUCUGCCUAUGCACAUUUUGAAGGGUCAAAUUUGAUCUCAAGAAACUUGUAUGAGUGAGGCUCCUUAUCAGAUAGUGUAAUUUAUUCUAAGCAAAUGUGUUACUGUGUUGAAAGUCGGGGGAAAUAAAUCUGGAAUUAUGUUUCUGGUGUAACAAGUUCUUUUUGGUUCUGAUAAGUAGUUUGCACAUAAGGAACAGUGUCCAGGAAAAUACUCUGGGAGCUAUCAGCAAUAUGCAUUUUGACAUGUCAUAAAUGUUAUGUAUGUAUGUAUGUUCAUGUUUUAAUAUGGUUAUAAUCUAAGUUAUUUUAUUUUUGUGGAUAACUUAAUAUUUGUAAGACAAUAAAGAAAGAUGAUGAUGAUGGAAUGGGCUUUAAUGUGAUGAAUAAUAAAAACAACAACAGCAAAGCAGUGUCUUUGGUAAGAGAGAA